AUGACCCUAGCUGACUCAAGAUUUAAAUCAUCAAGUGAUAAAGCGGAUGCUUUAAACAAAUUCUUUGCCUAUAUGUUUCUUCCUCGUCCCCAAAACCCAUGUUUCCCUCCAUCCAAUACUGUCCUUGUAACUCCAACUGAGUUUUCUGAUGUUUUAGUUGAAGAAGUUUGUCGUCCGCUCAAUAAUCUAUCCACAUCGAAAGCUACGGGUCCAGACGGGAUUUCGGCAAGGUUAUUAAAGGAGUGUUCGGAAGUCCUUGCUCUGUUUCUUACUGCAUUAUUUAAUAAAUCCAUUGCUCUCGGCAAGGUUCCUGCAGAUUGGAAGUAUGCAAACAUCGUUCCUGUUCCCAAAAACAACAAAACUUGUAUUGUCAGUAAUUACUGUUCAAUUUCAUUAUUAUCUCUCGCGUCUAAAGCUGUUGAGCAUGUGGUCCAUAACCGAGUCUUAUAUAUUGUUAAACCUUUUCUUCGUGACCAACAACACAGCUUUCGUUCAGGAAAAUCUUGUAUUACUUAGCUUCGUGACGUUGUUUAGAACAUUGGCAAGGUGUUAGAUUGUGGUAAAGAAAUGGACAUGAUCUAUUUAGAUUUUUCCAAAGCUUUUGAUUCGGUACCUCGCGAUAAACUUAUUUUUAAACUCUCCCAAUUUGGUAAUACUGGGCCGCUCUUAGACUGGUUUUCUGACUAUCUGUCUGCACGUAAACAGCGUGUGGUAGCUGACUGUCUCUCAUCAAGUUACCUUGAUGUACCAUCUGGUGUUCCUGAAGGCAGUAUUGUUGGCCCAUUGCUUUUCUUGAUCUACGUUAACGACCUUCCUGAUGCAGCAAAACACAGCAAAGUACCAAUGUUUGCCGACAACAGUAAAUGCUAUAAAAUCAUAAACAAUCCACACGAUUCUAAUCUCCUCCAAUCAGAUCUUCAAGCCCUGUGCCUUUAGUCUUCUAUGUCGAAGUUAAAGUUCAACUUGAAGAAAUGUUCUGGAAUAAGAUUUUCACGGAAACGUUGUAUUGAGUCUCCCGAUUACUUUUUAUGCUCCAGUCAGAUCCCUUUUCAAUCAACUCAAAAGGAUCUUGGUAUACUUAUUACGAAUAACCUAAAAUGGUCGCCUCAUAUUUCUAACAUUGUUUCCAAAGCAAACCGCAUGCUUGGAUUUCUACGACGUAACUGCACAUAUUUAACUGAUAUAAAUUGUCGACGCUCUCUCUAUUUGACACUUGUUCGUACACACCUGUGCUAUGGCAGUGAAAUUUGGGCACCCCAAACAACAUCUAGGGACCUUCUUUGUCUUGAAAGUGUCCAAAGACGAGCAACCAAGUAUAUCCUUCAAGACUUCAACUCAUCUUACACCAACCGUUUAAAAAAACUUAAGCUACUGCCUAUUUCAUACUGGUUCGAAAUUUAUUUAUUUAUUUAUUUUUUUUUUUUUUAAUUAAUAUUUAAUUUCAGGAAGCUUUCUCACAAAGUGAUUUUCAGAAAGGUCCUGAACUAAAUAAACUAUUUUAAGAUAUUACAAAGAUAUUACUAUUAAAUCAAAGAUAUUACUUUUUUUAUAAAUGCAAAGCUGGUUAUUAUGACUUAACACUUGAAGACUAUAUUCUGGACAAUUCUACUAAUCAUCACACUCGCUUUAGCUCUACUGAUUCAUACCGACCAAACCGUUGCAGAACACCUUUCCGAAACCUAUUUUUCAAUAGGAUAGUGCCACUUUGGAACAGCCUGCCAGGAGAAAUAAAAUCCUCUCUCUCUAUUCAGUCACUGAAACUUAAACUAUAUAAUCACUACACUCAAAAAGUUAAUGCAUGUUUUGAUGUUAAUUGGCCAAGGACUUGGAAAACAUUUUGCUCUAAAUGUCGUUCUUGUUUUAUGUCUUGUUGUUCAUAGAAGUGCAUGUUCUGAGUUUUUGUACGAAUGUAAUUAUGUGUAAUACCGUAAAUAUGUAACUAGCUAUGUAUUUUGUUAAUUUUAUAACCGUUUAUAGUAUAGUAUAGCAUAGUAUAUAGCGUAGUAUUUUCAUGUAUGGCAGGACUUAAUUUGGGACUUUAUUAGUCCUGUUGUCUGUGCCUUCAAUUUCUUAUUGUAAAACUAAUAAAAAAAACCCAUUUGAAAGAGGAUAUAAUUUGAUACUAUAUAUGAAAUUUUAAGAAAAUCCUAUAGAAUAGUGGGCGCAAAAUCUACAAAUUAAAUGCAGGAAGUUCCUUGCAAUGCAUAUUUAAUUGACUUAGUGUAUCAGAUGCGCAUAAUUAUACAGUCCAAUGUGAGUGGGAUUUUCGUUCAUUUUAAGGUUUGCUCCACUUACGUGUAAGGACAGUCCUGUUUGAGUAGGAUUUUCGUUCAUUUUAAGGCUUGCACCACUUACGUGUUUGUAACUAUUUUAAAGAGCAUAUAUUAUAAUUUGAUACUAUAUAUGAAAUUUUAAGAAAAUCCUAUAGAAUAGCGGGCACAAAAUUUACAAAUUAAAUGCAGUAAGUUCCUCGCAACACAUAUAUAAUUGGCUUAGUGUAUCAGAUGCACGUAAUUAUACAGCCAAAUUUGAGUGGGAUUUUCCUUCAUUUUAAGGCUUGCACCACUUACGUCUUUGUAACAAUUUGAAAGAGCAUAUAAUUGUAUACAAUAUAUGAAAUUUUAAGAAAAUCCUAUAGAACAGCAGGCAUGAUUUUUACAAUUAAACAGACAGUUGUUCAAAGCUCAUAUAUAAUUGACUUUUAUUAUAUAAAGUAUAGUGCUUUAUAGAGAUUUCGAGCACUGAUAAAAGUGAUAAUCUCACAUGUGAGAUUAUUACACUGACCUGAAAGGUCAAGUGUCUUAAAUCCCUAGUUUUCUGUUUUCUGUUUUUUUCGUCGUCGAGAAAUCGAGUUUGCGUUCGCGCAUCGCAGGCUCAGGGUGCAACGAUUAAUCCAAAAUGCCAUCGAUUCUUUGACUCCACGAUUCAUAUAUAAUAGUAAGAAGCUGGUAUUUAUGUACGUAAUAGUCGGCUCAUGUCAUGCUUGCGGUGCAUUUUUCGUUUAUUAGCCCAUAUAUAGACCUAUAUGGACUUAUACGCACACGCACAAUUCCGAACUCCAAUGGUGACAUAUUCAGUCCAGUUUCAAAAUGGCGCCUUUUGGCUGAGUGAUCAGAAAAUAUUUCAUACAGUUUCGUUGAAUUUUCAAAGAGUUGUGCCGGUUUCCUAUGGAUUUUACGUUGUGUCGCACUCUGAACUUUCUUGCGUGUUGAACUAAUAUGUUUUUCUUCGUGUAACGACUCGAAAACCCCAAAGUUUGGACCCAGUGAAUUUUACAAAGGACAAGUUAAAGGUUCGACAGUUUGACUUUUUAACUAAUAAACAACCGUCUAUAAAUAUACGUUGUAGAGUCAUAAGCAUCCGUGGUGUAAAUUUUUUGUCGCACUCUGGACUUUUCUGCAUGUUGAAUUAAUGUUUUUAUUUUUGUAUUAUACGACUCUAAAAUUUGGCUUUGAAAAUUUGGCCGACCCGGCGGAUUUAUGCAAUCAAUAUGUUGUAUUAAACGACUCGAAAACCCCAAAAUUUGGACCCGACGCGAAUUUGUACAAUAUAGUGGAAUAUAAGCAAGUACAAGUUAAAGAUUCUACAGUUUAUUUUGAUUUAUUGUAUGGUACUCAUUUGUCUAACACAAUAACAUUUAGUUCACAAGGGCAAGUUAAAGGUUUGACCAUAUUAAAAUACAUGUACUGAAAUUCGCGCAAUAGCUACUAGAAUUCGCGCAAGUAAAGAUAAAGCGAGCGUUCAAAAUACCAAAAAGAACUAAGGCAUUUAUUGUAUGGUUCUCAUUUGCCUAAUAGAAUAACAUUUAGUUCACAAUAUAAUAUAAACACAAUAUAAACAAGGAAAAGUUAAAGGUUUGACAGUUCCACAACACAACGUUGACAAUAUACCUUAAUACAUGUAUUAAAAUUCGUGCAGUAGCUACUAGUUGGCGCGCCAAACGCUUUGUGGUAGCUAUACUAAAGAUAAAGCGUGCCUUCAAAAUACCUACAAGAACUAAGACAUUUAUUGUAUGGUUCUCACUUCUCAUUUGCCUAAUACAAUAACAUUUAGCUCGACGCGAAUUUUAACUAUAGUAUCAUAUUUCAUAAUAUAAUGAACAAUGUAAACUAGCCAAUUCUUUCACCUCCAAAAUGUCGACAAUAUACCUUAAUACAUGUAUUAAAAUUCGCGCAGUAGCUACCAGAGUUCGAGCAAGUAGUAAAGAUAAAGCUUGCAUUCAAAAUACCGAGACAUUUAUUGCAUGGUUCUCAUUUGCCUAAUACAAUAACAUUUAGUUCACAAUAUAAUAUAAACAAGGAAUAGUCGUUCGAUUUGGCUAUACUGUUUGCUCGUUUUGAAUGUGUAUUGAUCAUUUCAAUAAUCGAUUUACAUAUCAGUCUGCUCGAUUCGAGUAAGGGUUGCCCGAUUUGUAUCAUUGGUGAUUUGGUGUUCGACUUAUAACUAUUGGACCUAUUGAAUUUUGACAGUAAAAACGCGCCAUAUAUAAUACAUGUAUUAAAAUUCGCGCAGUAGCUACUAGCAUUGGAGCAAGUAAAGAUAAAGCGGUGCGUUCAGUGAAAUACCAACAAGAACUAAGAUAUUUAUUGUAUGGUUCUCAUUUUCCUAAUACAAUAAUAUUUAGUUCACAAUAUAAUAUAAACAAGGAAAAGUUAAAGGUUUGGCGUUUGACUACACAAUGUCGGCAUUAUACCUUAAUACAUGUAUUAAAAUUCGCGCAGUACGUAUAGCUAGUGCUACUAGCAUUCCUGCGGUCCUAUUGAAUUUUGACAGCAAAAACGCGCCAUAUAAUACAUGUAUUAAAAUUCGCGCAGUAGCUACUAGAAUUGGCGCAAGUAAAGAUAAAGCGUGCGUUCAGUGAAAUACCAACAAGAACUAAAACGUUUAUUGUAUGGUUCUCAUUUUCCUAAUACAACUCGAUCAACUCAUAGCUAUUAUGUGCUCAUUUGUUAUCAUGUGCUCAUUAAUUCUUAUAUCAAUAUUGGAACAUGAUCACGAAAUACUGCGUAGCGCAAAAUCUCCAUUCUUCAAAAACGUAUUGUUCAAGGCAACUGAAAGGCGAAGAAGACAAUAAUAUAUUGUAUCUGACUGCUUCAAUACUCAGAAAUGAUCCACGAUCAUGAUUUGAUAAAGUUCAAUAUGGUCACGUGAUUUUCGGUGUGAACCUGAGAUACUAUCUAUAAAUAUUAUUACUAAGUAUCUGACAUUAAACUAAAUGUGAUUAAAGCACAAGAGAUGUUACCUAUGUCUCAUUUUAUAUUUUUAUUUUUUUCCUAUGAAGGUUUGUUACUUGUGCAAAAGCGCAACUUUAAUUAGGUUUCAAACAGUUUCUGCCUUCUGCUUUUUGUUGUCGAAUUAUUGAUUUUCUUUGGAUAAAUCUACCGCUGAAACUGUUCUAUACGAACUCUCUUGCUUCCCAUUCCCUUGUCUAUUACACCAUAGCCAAUCUCGUUCCCCGAGCCUGCGAUCCUCGGGAAGGAAACGAAGGUUCUGGGAUAAUCCGUUGCCGAAAGCCAGGAAUUCCGGCUAAGAUUGAACUGCACAUUCCAUAUCAACGGCCAAUCGAUUCCUCCCUGAAACGGAUUAUCCCAGAGCCUUCGUUUCCUUCCCAACGACCGCAGGCUCAGGGAACGAGAUUGCACCAUAGCACGCAUAUCAUCAUUUUCAGGUCAGUGUGAACGCCUGAGUAGGCGUCUUGUUUAUGAUAAUCUCACAUGUGAAAAUUAUCGCUUUUCUGCAAAAAUUAUCGCUUUCAAAGACUGUCCUUUAUAUAAUAAACAGAAAAAUACAUGGGUGCUUGGAAAUACCAACAUGAUCAUGUUCAACACUCUAAAUAAAUAUGAAGGUUUGUUAUAUGAAGGUUUGUUAUACCACUUACCUAUGAAGGUUUGUUACUUGUGCAAAAGCGCAACUUUAAUUAGGUUUCAAACAGUUUCUGCCUUCUGCUUUUUGUUGUCGAAUUAUUGAUUUUCUUUGGAUAAAUCUACCGCUGAAACUGUUCUAUACGAACUCUCUUGCUUCCCAUUCCCUUGUCUAUUACACCAUAGCCAAUCUCGUUCCCCGAGCCUUCGUUUCCUUCCCAACGACCGCAGGCUCAGGGAACGAGAUUGCACCAUAGCACGCAUAUCAUCAUUUUCAGGUCAGUGUGAACGCCUGAGUAGGCGUCUUGUUUAUGAUAAUCUCACAUGUGAAAAUUAUCGCUUUUCUGCAAAAAUUAUCGCUUUCAAAGACUGUCCUUUAUAUAAUAAACAGAAAAAUACAUGGGUGCUUGGAAAUACCAACAUGAUCAUGUUCAACACUCUAAAUAAAUCUGGUAUUUCUGUGCACCCAUGUAUUAUUCUCUAUAUAAUAUAUGAGGCACAAAGUACAGUCAUGCUUGAGUGGGAUUUUCGUUCAUUUUCAGGCUUGCACCACUUAUGUAUAAGCAAUCAUUUGAAAAAGCAUAUAAUUUUAUACCAUAUAUGAAAUUUUAAGAAAAUCCUAUAGAAUAGCGGGCAUGAUUUUUACAAUUAAACACACUGUUGAUCAAAGCUCACAUGCAUAUAUUAAUUGACUGAUAAUAUAUGAGGUGCGAAGUACAGUCAUCCUUGAGUGGGAUUUUUGUUCAUUAUCAGGCUUGCACCACUGACGUAUAAGUAAUCAUUUGAAAGAACAAAUAAUUUUACACAAUAUAUGAAAUUUUAAGAAAAUCCUAUAGAAUAGCAGGCAAGAUUUUUACAAUUAAACAGACAGUUGUUCAAAGCUCACAUGAAUGCAUAUAAUUGGCUUAUAAUAUACAAGGCACGAAGGACAGUCCUGUUUGAGUGGGAUUUUGUUAUUUUUCAGGCUUGCACCACUUACGUGUUUGUAACCAUUUGAAAAAGCAUAUAAUUUUAUACAAUAUAUGAAAUUUUAAGAAAAUCCUAUAGAAUAGCGGGCAUGAUUUUUACAAUUAAACAGACAGUUCUUCAAAGCUCAUAUAUAAUUGACUGAUAAUAUAUUAUGAAAGGGGCAUUAUGAAAAGUGGAAUAAAUUUCCGAAAAAUCGUUAAAAAAAAAAGAUAGAAAAUGUUGAAAAAAUAAUUGAAAAAUUUUUGUGGUAAAUCACCUGUUAUCCCUCAUAUGUCCCCCUGAAACCAAAAAAGUCCCUCCUAUCCAAAAAUUUUCUAAGUGCCAUGUUUUUUGCAAUUCUCCUGAGCAGAGCCUAAACUAUGCAUUUUUACGCGAUGCUGAUGGCGAGAUGAUCGAUAGGCCGAACAAGGGGCAUUAUGAAAAGUGGAAAAAUUUCCGAAAAGUCUUAAAAAAAAAAGAUAAAAAAUGUUGAAAAAAUAAUUGAAAAAAUUUUCGCAGUAAAUCACCUAUUAUCCCCCAUUUGACCCCCCAAACCCAUUAAACUGCCUCCUAUCCUGUUAUGCAAAACGAAAGGAAAACGUUUGGAAAAAAGUUCGUAGGAAUUCACUUGUUUGGACCCUUAAAAAUGUAAGUUUGUAAUAAUUUUUCAUCAAUAUAUGCUUUUAAGUAACCCGAGUCGCUAAUGGAAUGGUUUUUUAUUACAAAACGAACUUAAAAGGUCGUGAAUUAUGCAUAUCCAAUUUCAUGUAAUUUGAUAUUAAAAAAUGCACCGCUGACCUCUUAAUAAAAACUGGAUAAAAUUCGAAAAAGUCGGGGGGGAAAAUUCGAAAAAAUUCAAAAAAAUAUUUAAAAAUUCUAAAAUAUGUUUUCUUUUAUAAACGAACUCUAAAAAAAAAAAUAUAAAAAAAUUUAAAAAUUUUAAAAAAUUCUAAAAAAUUCUAAAAAAUCCUGAAAUUUUUUUUUUAGAUGGCUGACAUUUUAGUAAAUGACAACAACCCCGAUGUAUUCACCAACAAAGUCACAGAAAACGAAAUCGACCACAUGGCCAUAAAUGUACCGGUUAUUAACAAUCUGACCAAAACAUUUCUGAAUUCCCUCGUUGGUAAUGCUGUGAUGCUAGCCACCAACAAAGGACAGAGAAGAGCUGUGCACUUUUUUAUGCAACAAUGGUCAUGUUGUCCUUCCAUCCGGCGAGGAAUCGAACCACAUCAUUCAAGGACAUGCAAAACCUGUACCAUUAUCUACAUUCCUUGCUGGGCUUGCUCAUGUCGGUGUUUCAUAUAUAAGAGUUGUUAACUUCGGGAUGAAGCAGUGUAUCGAAGACCUCACGCCCUUCCCUCCAGAAGUUAUUCAAUGUGGUGCCAUCGAAGAUUGAUAUCCAACCAACAAAUAUGAAGUCUGCGUAUCCAGGCGAACACCAUUCCUGUACCUCCUCAAACCAACCAGACCUCUCCCACAAGAUAUAACCAUUGAUCACUUCCCUAUACUGACCCCUCUCAACACCAACCCUGCCAGAAUCACCGGUGGCAACAUCAGCCUCCAAAUUCAGCAAGACAUCGAAGUAAGAUCUGUGAAAAUCUACAACCUCCUAAGAGCAACAAACCCGGACCCAAUCGCCUCUCCCAUCAACACCCGACAAGGAUCCCACCUCUUCCAGAAAAUGACAUCGACCCUCCAUGUGCUAACGUCCAACCCCAACCUUGUCGGCAGUUUGCGGAUUGAAGUAAGAAUUAGAAUGACACUGCUGAAGGAUGCCAUAAAUCUACUCAUCGAGCGGCAGAUGUUCAGGCCCCAAAUUUACAAUGUCAACUUCACAUGCCUCAAGGUUAUGGCUCACAUAUACCUCAUGCGUGCCCAACAAAUUUUUCGCACAGCACAGGCUAUCCUGAUGAGAAACAGGGUGAUGCAUCACCACAUACAGCGCGAACUCACCAUGCCGGAGAAACGUAUGUUUGGUGACCUAAAGUUGUUGUUGGGUUACACGCAUGCAGGAUACCGUACCCCAGCAAGAGGAGACCGCUGGCGGCAACGUGCUGCACCACUGCCCUUACCCGAUGCCAAUCCUAGACGAUACUACCUGCCGCAGAUUCAGGCUUGCGCCACUUACGUAUAAGUAAUCAUUUGAAAAAGCAUAUAAUUUUAUACAACAUAUGAAAUUUUAAGAAAAUCCUAUAGAAUAGCGGGCAAGAUUUUUACAAUUAAACAGUUGUUCAAAGCUCACAUGCAUAUAUUAAUUGGCUUAUAAUAUAUGAGGCGCAAAGGACAGUCCUGUUUGAAUAGGAUUUUCGUUCUUUUUCAGGCUUGCACCACUUACGUGUAAGUAACCAUUUGAAAGAGCAUAUAAUUUUAUACUAUAUAUGAAAUGUUAAGAAAAUCCUAUAGCAUAGCAGGAAUGAUUUUUACAAUUAAACAGACAGUUGUUCAAAGCUCAUAUAUGAUUGACUGAUAAUAUACGAGGCGCGAAGUACAGUCAUGCUUGACUGGGAUUUUCGUUCAUUUUCAGGCUUGCAUCACUUACGUGUUUGUAACCAUUUGAAAAAGCAUAUAAUUUUAUACAAUAUAUGAAAUUUUAAGAAAAUUUUAAGAAAAUCCUAUAGAAUAGCGGGAAUGAUUUUUACAAUUAAACAGACAGUUGUUCAAAGCUCAUAUAUGAUUGACUGAUAAUAUACGAGGCGUGAAGUACAGUCAUGCUUGAGUGGGAUUUUCGUUCAUUUUCAGGCUUGCACCACUUACGUGUUUGUAACCACUUGAAAAAGCAUAUAAUUUUAUACAAUAUAUGAAAUUUUAAGAAAAUCCUAUAGAAUAGCGGGCAUGAUUUUUACAAUUAAACAGACAGUUGUUCAAAGCUCAUAUAUAAUUGACUGAUAAUAUAUGAGGCGCAAAGUACAGUCAUGCUUGAGUGGGAUUUUCGUUCAUUUUCAGGCCUGCACCACUGACGUAUAAGUAAUCAUUUGAAAAAGCAUAUAAUUUUAGAGCCGAGCCUAAACUAUGGACUUUUACGCAUGCAUAUGGUAAGAUGAUCGAUAGGCUGAACAAGGGGCAUUAUGAAAAGUGGAAUAAAUUUCCGAAAAAUCUUUAAAAAGAUAAAAUGUUGAAAAAAUAAUUGAAAAACGUUUCGUGGUAAAUCAACUGUUAUCCCUCAUAUGUCCCCCUGAAACCAAAAAAAAAUUGUCAAAAUUUUUCUAAGUGCCAUGUUUUUUGCAAUUCUCCUCUGAGCCGAGCCUAAACUAUGCAUUUUUACGUGAUGCUGAUAUGAUCGAUAGGCCGAACAAGGGGCAUUAUGAAAAGUGGAAAAAAUUUCCGAAAAGUCUUAAAAAAAAAAGAUAAAAAAUUUUUAUGUUGAAAAAAUAAUUGAACAAAAUUUUCGUGCUAAAUCACCUAUUAUCCCCUAUUUGACCCCCUAAACCCAUUAAACUGCCUCCUAUCCUGUUAUGCAAAACGAAAGGAAAACGUUUGGAAAAAAGUUUGUCGGAAUUCGCUUGUUUAGACCCUUGGUCACUGGACAACGGUAAACUUUGUUUCUGAAGUCUGGAAUAGUCUGGAUGAUGAUUUAAAAAGCUCCACCUCGAUAACCUCAUUUAAGAACUGCCUCGAAAAAACUGAAUUGUAAUGACUUGUUUGUUCUGUCUAGUUAUUUUCAUUUGUAAUUUAAUUAUUUUUAGUAUAUGUUUACUUGUCCGAGGACCCCUCUGUAAACCACUACUUGUGAAGUUGGUAUCCUCAUUAAAAAUUAUGUUCAUCAUUCAUCAUUAUGUUCAUCAAUUUUUCAUCAAUAUAUGCUUUUAAGUAACCCGAGUCGCUAAUGGAAUGGUUUUUUAUUACAAAACGAACUUAAAAGGUCAUGAAUUAUGCAUAUCCAAUUUCAUGUAAUUUGAUAUUAAAAAAUGCACCUCCGACCUCUUAAUAAAAACUGGAUAAAAUUUAAAAAAAAUCGGGGGGGAAAUCGGGGAAAAAUAAUUCGAAAAAUAAUGUUUUCUUUUAUAAAUGAACUCUAAAAAAAAAUGCAAAUAUUUCCGUGUUAAUAGACCGUGAAAACAAUCAAUUUCUAAAGAAAUUAAUGAUUUAAAAUUUGGAUAGCAUGACCAAAUUUUCGGGCUGGCUUCGCCACUGUUUGGAUGUGGAUGGAAUGGAUGCCAAACUCUGAAUGACAUGUCUCCUAACUGGACACUAUAAAAUUUCAAAUAUUAGGGAAAUAUUGUGGCCUCACGUUACUAUAGGUUUUGAAUGGUGCAAGUCUGCAAACUUGAAAAUAAGCAUGAUCCUCAUAGGAGUUAAUUGAAUGUUUAUUUACAUUUUAGUAUAUUAAUUCAUGAUGCCAAUUUUUCACUGCCUAUGAUAGUAGUUGUUUCCUGUUGAUUCUUUUACUGUAAUAAUUAAAUGAAUUGGGAAUAGUGCAUUUGGUGACCAGUAUCAAGAAAUAGGUUACUGUACCUGUAUGCUGGUGUCGCAGUUGGAUAAGUGUUAUAAAUAUCGAACCCUGGUGUUUAUAUGGUUAUAACAAUUGUAAAAUUCAUUGGCAUAAUGUUGGUUAUGUUAAUAUUUUUCAGUUGGCAGAUGCUGUUGAUGAAACGUCAUUUAACACAGUGGUUGCUGGUUGUGAAUGGAGAUACAAUGUAGACGGAUUGCCACAUACCAUUCCCUUUCAGCAAAGGAAAGUAUUUAUUGAUGAAGUUGCCAAAUACUUUACGAUUAUCAAGUGCAAGGGAAUGCUGGAUGGUUUGUUGGAAGGAUUGAAAUAUCAUGAGGUAUUAUAUACAGUAAACGUGUAUUUUAUGUGGUGUUUUAUGUGGUGACAAACGUAACCCAUUCAGUGACAAGACUCCACUUACAAUUAUCUGACGCAUAGUAAAUACAGCAAUAAAGUAGGGUGGAUCAGGGUGCAAUUGUAAAGAUGCUUUCCACUCUGUUUUGCACAUAAGUUCUGCUCAUAACAAAGGGGGACCCCCAGAUAUAAACAUUGCCCGAAUUUUGCAUCUUUUGUAAACAAAGUCCGCGCAUGUGCACAGGGGUGGACAUCAUCUUUAACUGUUCCUACUGUACAUCAACCAUUAAGCUGACAAAUUUACUUGUUAAUAAGAGAGGGGUCUUGCACUGUCAGGUUUGCUUCCCCAACAACAAAGGAAUCACUCACAGAUCAUGUUUAAAUUUUCUCUAUAAUAUAACAGUAACAUCUCGCCUUCGUAUAAUACCUGCAAUCACUUACAAAUCACCAAUAAUAAUCCCGUGUUCUUACAUAAUAGCAUCCGCGUGGGAAUCACAGGUGCGUGAGAAUUAACGUAUUACUUAUAAUAUGUACAUUAUAUUAUAUAAAGUUUCCGACAGGGUCUUGCACAGUAAUGGUUAACAUGGUAUUAUUUGUUUCAAGGUUCUAGAUCUAGUAAGAAGUUGUGAUGGAUUGACAAAGUAUCUCUUCCAGUAUAACGCAACAUACAAGAUUGGUGCUAAGGAGGUGCUUCUUCUGAAACCAAUGUUAUCACCAGUAGGUCACCAGCGAAGACCAAUUGUUAGACCAAUUUGUUGAGUUUGUGCGUAGUGUUGAAGGUAUAUAUUUAUAUAAGAUACCAUGUUGAAUUCUUUCGUUAACAAAUGUUUAUCAGCAUGUGUCUAACGGUGUUACUACCUUUUAACCUAAUGAGACAUAAUAUAUAACCAAUCGUGUGAUGCCUUAGGCUCGAUUGAAGCCACAACUGGUAAUCGAGCCUAGUAAUGCCUUUGCUAAAAGUACAAUGGCUAAUGUAUCUAAUAAGAGUUGUUUAUUGGCAGAGAAAUAUGUUUACAAUAACGUUGAUCCAUUGAACUGCAAUGCAUCACAUUUCGUUAUUUUACUGUGUACAACGUCAGACAAAUUUUACUCAUCAAUGGAAGGGGCUUAUGCAUUGGUGGAUAAAAUAAGACACAUGAGUGCACACUGGCAAUUGAUUCGCUACUAUAUUUUACCCAUUUUGUUACACUUAAAUAAGACACUUUUGGAAAUUUUAACCGACGACACCGAACUAACAAAAGAAGAAAGAGAUGCUAUCGAGAAAUUAACUCCUGGGCACAUCCUGAUGUUUCCUACUGGAACACCAUUGGCCCCUGUUAUCGGUUUUAAUCCUAAACCAUCGAUCAA